CUUGAAGAAUGAGAUUGAACAGCUUUAGAAGGGUCUUCUCCAGCUCGGGGGUGCUGUGUUUCAGCAUUCCAGUCCUGAUGCUGUCAGGAUGACUUCCUGUGUGUUGUCCCUCUUCUUCCUGCUCUUCCUCUGUUCCUCCAUCACUGCCGACGGUCCCACCGGACUCAAAGUGAGAAUCACCAACAAAGCGACGGAGUUCUUGAAAGAUUUUGGUCUGAAGUUUUUGAAGAUACUGGUUAAAAAACCUUUUGAGGAUUUCCAGUUGUUAACGUGCCACAUUAAAAGUUUGACAUUAACUCAUCUGGAUGUGGACCAGGAUAAUGUCGUGGUCAGGUUCCAGCCGGGUUCAGGUCUUCAGUUUGAGUUCAGGGACCUGAACAUCACCGCAGAAAUCGAAAGAGGAACCAAUCGUUCCUUUUUUAAUAUAUUUCAAGGAACGGCUGUCGUAACAGGACAAAAUGUUGGCGUCACCAUCGGAGUGAGACUGAUCCAAACCGGAGGACGUCUGAGUCUCGAAAUACCGUCUGGAGAUGACUACUGUAAGACCCGAGCUGACAGGAUCCGUGUGGAUAACCUGGGGUUUGUGGUGAACACUGCUCUCACAGCAGCGUUAAGGUUUGCAUUCACCUCCCAGUUCUGUCCUGCUAUUAGAAAUCUUGUCCCUAAUGUAAACACCAUGUUGGCGGGCGUCGCCAUGACGAGGACUUUGAGCGAAGACCACAAAAUCAACCUUGACUACUCUCUGAGCGGAAACGUCACGGUGACGUCCAACAGCCUCGACGUGCCUUUCACAAAUCUCGUACUAACCAUUGGGCCACCAUGCUGCCCGGCGCACACGCUGUCUGUACCCAGCUGUUUCCGCAGCUCGGACAGGUGGGAGGGAAUCCAGCGCUUGUCCACACAGCAGGCUCACAAGGGGUUUGUGGUCUGUCUCCAGCUCAAAUGGAGACUGAUGAUGAAGUCUCUGAAUCUUUCACAUGCCCAGGACUGUGUCGUGCUCUGCCUGUGUGGAACCCCAAAUAAGGGCGUCGUCGAUGUGGCAGACGACUCCUUCUAA